AAUAGCGCUUUCUAAAGUGCGUGUAAUGCAGCGUCUUUGAAACGUGUUUUGUGUCAUUUUCAUUGGUAAUUAUUGUGUUCUGUAAGAAACAAAACAAACCAGGAAGAUGGUGAAGUUAACACCAGAACUGAUAGAUCAGGCAGCACAGUACCUGAAUCCUGUGAGAGACAGAGAAAUUGAUCUCCGAGGAUACAAGAUUCCAGUCAUUGAGAACCUUGGCGCAACAAUGGAUCAGUUUGACACCAUUGAUCUGUCCGACAAUGAGCUGCGCAAGCUGGAUGGAUUCCCCCUCCUCAAAAGAAUGAAAACAAUCAUGCUCAACAACAACAGAAUAUGCCGUAUUGGAGAGAAUCUUCAAGAAAAUCUUCCCAAACUAGAAUCAAUCAUCCUCACAAAUAACAGUAUUGCUGAAUUGGGAGAUUUGGACAAUCUUUCAACCAUCACUACUUUGACAUCACUUAGUCUUUUAAGGAACCCAGUUCAGGGUAAAAAGCAGUACAGACUGUACGUUGUCCACAAGGUCCCCGGCCUCAGGAUACUGGAUUUCAGGAAAAUCAAACUCAAGGAAAGAGAAGCAGCAGCUCAACUAUUCAAGGGAAAGAAAGGAGAGAAGCUGGCUAAAGAAAUGGGCAGGAGAUCAAGAACGUUUGUACCUGGUGCUGGUCUGCCAACUGAACAGAAGACUGGUCCAUCUCCAGAGGACAUUGCAGCCAUCAAGGCUGCCAUUGCUAAGGCAGAGAGCUUUGAGGAGGUGGAAAGACUGAAGCAGCUUCUUCAGGCUGGUCAGAUCCCAGGCAAGGAUGAUAGUGCAGGCAAGAAAAAAGCACAAGCCGAGGGAGGAGAGGUAGAAGAGGAGAAAGAGGAAGAGGAGGAACCAAUGGAUGAAGGCCAGAGCCAGAGGGACUUCACAAAAUGGGAUCCUCCCAUCGCUGUACACUGACAAAGUACACCGACAUAGCAACAGAAAAUAGACUGUAAGACUGUGGAGCACCUUCCAGAAUCCACAACAGUGUAUUGUUUUUGUAUCAUGUACCUCAUCAGGAACAUAGGAGAUUGAGAGACUCGUGGGAAGCAUUAAUUUGAAGAGAGGAGUCCAUGUUGCCUAGACAUGGAGUCUGUAGUUUUCGACAACAGUGUAUAGACAUCAAAGAGAUAUUGCAGAGCAACGAUCAUGAAUUACGGUGCUUGCUGGACGACAGAAGCCUUCGUUUCGAUACAAGUUUAUUUGGAUUUGCCAGCAGCAUUGUGACAAGAUUUGAAGAGCCCAUGCGUUUGAAGCUGAUUUCUGUUUUAUUUUUAUUUUUUAUUGAAUCAUUGAUGUAGGACAAAGACGUUGCUUCAUUUUUGGUAGAGAUUUAAUGGAGAGUAUUUUAGUAAGAGUGGCUAAGCAUGUCCUUUUAUUAUAUUCCCUAUCCAACAAUGUUCCAAAUCAAAUUAACCAUUUUGUGGAAAUUAAUUUUGUCAGUACUUUUACUAAUGUUGACCAUCAUUUUUUUUUUUUUUCUUUAGACCGAACUUGUUUUUUUUUGUAAUCAAUUUUUAUGGAUAAUAUGUUACCAUUUUCAGUGAUCACUGUGAGGCUACAAAUGAAAAAUAUUUGUAGGUUUAUCAAAAUUUAUUUCAAGAAUGUUUAUGCUGAGAAAUUGUGAUUAGUAAAUCAUUUCACCCUGAUUCGUUUUAUGAUAAGGUAAGGAUAACUACAGUAGAUUUUUUAUAUUUGUUAUAAUUAUUUCUUGAUUAUCUAUAGCUAUGAUGUGACUCUGAAAAGUAAAGGUUCACAGGUCUGAACAAAAUAAAAUCUUAAUGACGAUAA